CUGCUCAAAUGCAGAUGGACAGCUAAUAAUCUGUGGUAGAAACUUUAACGAGACGUGGCCAGCCACAACACUGUCGGUGUGAUUUUUUUAAAAAGUGAACGAGAGAAACGAACGUAAAUUACAAUUAUAAAAGCAUCACACAACAACCUAGGUAAAAAAAUAUGGGUCUCUGCAAGUGUCCCAAGCGGCAGGUGACGACGCAAUUUUGCUUCGAGCAUCGGGUUAAUGUAUGCGAAAACUGUAUGGUAGUGAACCACAUGAAGUGUACAGUGCAGUCGUACAUACAGUGGUUGAAGGAUAGUGAUUUCGACUCCAACUGUACCCUGUGCGGCAGUCCACGAGAUAGUGACGAUUGCGUUCGGCUCAUAUGCUACCAUGUCUUUCACUGGAAGUGUCUCAACGCUCGACAGCAAAUGCUACCCCCAAAUACGGCCCCCGGUGGCCAUACCUGUCCGAUCUGCAGUGAACCACUGUUUCCGCCCAGCAAUCUGGUGUCGCCGGUUGCGGACGUGCUGCGCGUACGGCUUGGCCAGGUGAACUGGGGCCGAAACGAAUUAGGCUUACCGUUGAUAUUGGACGAAAAGCAUGAUAAAAGCUAUACGGAAGCUUCGUCGAAUCCAUCGGUUGAUCUGAUGGCAAAUCAGAACGGUAGCGCUAUGCCGGGAUACAAUGACGUACACGGGAUGAUGUCACAAAGCCGGGGAAGCAACAAUACGAACCAACCAUCUGGUAAGGAACGUCCCGAAACGCCCCACUCGGUGCUAAAUCUCGAUCCGUACGUUAACAUUGCAAACAGUCGCCGAUCAACACUGCUCACCCGGGAACCACCGAUCGGUGGUUCGGAUCGGGACGACAACAAGUACAAGCGCCGUACACCGAAGGAAAUCUUUUCCCGCUGGUCCCGACGUCUGUACGCACCGUCUGCCCGGCCCGUUUGGCGAAAAACGUGGUUCCUGUUUGCGACGGGUGUGCUCGGUUUCGUGUGCAUCGUGUACGUGAUGGCAACAAUCAGCAGGGGCGAAGAUCAGGGUGACCGGGAGCUGGGUGGUUUCAUUCCGAAUCGCAAUCUACCGCACGCCGAAGAGUGACGAUCCCUGGUUGGGUAAUGCGGUUGCUGGAGAGAGAUAGAUAGAGGGAAAGAGAGCUAACUAUCAAAACAUUCUGCUCGCAAUUGUGAUUUGGUGACGAAAAUUAAGUGUGUGUGUGUAUAUGUGCAUGUGUGUGAAGUAUAAGUAUGAAAGAAAAGCUGUUGAGUGUAUGCGCAACUGGGAAAUGUCCCAUAAUGUGAGCUGUAUAAGGGAAAUAUUUUAUUUGUUUUCAUUUACUAAAAGUACAUUACGUAUUAACAUUCAAUUAAAGAUGCAUUAUUAUUGCGAUAUAUUAUAAA